CGAAGGCCGUGAAACAAUGGCAGUAACGGAACUAACGUUGGAGCACACGCCAACAUGGGUUGUAGCCGUCGUCUGCAGCGUUAUCGUCGCCAUUUCUCUCGCCGUUGAAAGGAUCCUUCAUUAUACUGGAAAGUAUUUGAAGAAGAAGAAUCAGAAGCCGCUCUUUGAAGCUUUGCAAAAAGUUAAAGAAGAAUUGAUGCUUUUGGGGUUCAUUUCCCUUCUUCUAACCGUAUUCCAAGUUCGGAUAGCUAAAAUUUGUAUGCCCCCGAGUUGGGCUAAUCACAUGCUUCCUUGUGAAAAGGAAAGUACUGAUAGUACCUCUGGAGAAACCACGUCCCAUUAUCAAAGCUCCUUCUCUUCUUUCGUUUUGGGGAGUGGGAGACGGCUCCUCGCCUCGUCAACUGAUGCGGGCUAUUGCCAAAAGAAGGUAAAUGUCUGGAUUCACAUUACAAUUCUUCUUUCUCUUCAUUCGCGUUCCAUCUGACAAUCAUCCCAUUGA